GCUAUGGAUCGUAUUCAUCGACUUGGUCAACACAGACCUAUUCGAAUUACACGAUUGAUUAUUGAAAAUAGUAUUGAAAGCAGAAUUAUUCAGUUACAAGAAAAGAAGACGGCUUUGGUUGAAAGUACAGUGGACAAAAACCAAAAAGCGCUCGAUAAAUUAACAGUAGAAGAUUUAAGAUUUUUAUUUGUCAUGUGA